AUGUGUCCCAAAGCCCGUCGUGAUGCAAUCAACUUCGGCCGGCGGGCUACCAAGUUCAUCUCCAUAGUUGUGGAAUGGGACAAACUUGACUACAUCAGCACCGCGAUCUCCACUGUCUUUGAUGUUGACAGCAACAACCUCUGGGUCGACUCCUGCGCCCCGGAGCCAAAACUAAAGUGUGGUCGAGAUCUGACGGAUGAAUUCUCGAAUGUUUUUAACGACGGGGUGGGCUUUGAAAUCUCAGGAACUCUUGAUCUUAGCACGGCGACCCCCUGA